AUGGUAAAACAAGGUCAAAUGUACUCGACUAUCAAAAGCCUAAUUAAUAUCUCUCUGACACACAUUCAGGAAGCCGAGAUCCCCUAGGAUAACCUCAGAGAUGUUAUUACCUUGUUAAUAGACCGUGUAAGACUCAAAAUUCACGCUCCGAGGGCCUGGGGGCAGACACACAGCGGCCUGGCCAACCGCUGGGGCUGCCCCGUCCUCUCCCUCGAUAGCGAUUUCUGCGUCUUCGACCUGGCGGCCGGCUACUGCCCGCUGAGCCACUUCCAGUGGCAGAGCGUCUGCGCGGCAGGGGGGGCGCAGGGCUGCUACGUUCCCGCUCGCUGCUUUUUCGUGGAGAAGUUCUGCAGGCACUUCAGCCGCCUGAACAGAAGCCUGCUCCCUCUCUUCGCCGUCAUGAACGGCAACGACUAUGUCGAGCUGGCGGCUCUCGAGGUGUUCUUCAGCAAGGUGCGCUUGCCGAGGGGCGGCGGGGCGGGGAAGCAGGGGAGGCGCGCCCGCCUCCAGGGGCUCCUGCGCUGGCUGGCGCAGUUCGCCGAGCCCACCGAGGCCGUCGACAACGUGCUGAAGUACCUCAAGAAACACCAGAGGGAAGAAAUCAGGGAGCUGCUGUGCACUUCGAUGGAGGAUUAUACUCCGUCGGACGUGAACCUUGAGGACUUUUUUCAGAAUGGAAAGUAUGAAUGCGAGGCAGCCAGGAAAGCAGACUUACCGCAGUGGGUACUAGAUGCUUUGGCAAAAGGUAAGCUGGCCCCGUUCAUCAGCGAUGCCCUGAUACUAAGAAGUACCUUCCUCCAUGUUCAGGUGGAGGACAUGCAGAGACCUAGCGCACAUAGCACAGCUUUGCCCAUUCGACAAGUUAUCUAUGGACUGCUGCUGAAAGUAUCUCAAAAUACUGAAGCUGCUUCUCCAGGGAAGCAGACCAACGAGCUGCCUGUUGUAUGCGAAUUUGACAGACUCCAAAAGACACUUAAAAAAACAUUUGUUCAAGCAGCAAGCCUACCCACAGGUUUUUGUGAUGAUCAUUUUCCUUUGGACAAGUUAAUGAAGGUGCCCAUGUCAUGCCGUCAGAUGCUUUUGCUGGAGACUCUAGGAGUGAAAAUGAGUUUCCUAGAAUCUAUCCCCAGUCACUUACAACUCCCUGUUGCUGUAACGUGUUACUGGAUAUGUUGUUCAGAACCAAAAGUUAAGUUGCAUCAAUUAAAGGCUUUACUUCUGAUGAUAGUGUCUGGAGAACUGCACAGGAUAACAAAUGAUCCAGGCUUUACAAUGGGACCCUUGUGCACAGGCUGUAUCAAGAGCUUAAAUCAACACCUUCAGUGGAAAAUCUGUUUAGUUCAUCUCCAAAAAUGACUCAGCUUUAUCAGGUUUUGUUAA